AUGGUGAAAGGGUCCCAGAAAAUCGUGUCCGUAGAUCAAGACAUACCAAUAAUAGACAUGUCGCAAGAGAGAACACAAGUGUCGAAGCAGAUAGUCAAAGCCUGUGAGACUCUCGGCUUCUUCAAAGUGGUUAACCAUGGAGUUGAUCAAACCAUCAUCUCAAGGAUGGAGCAAGAAUCCAUUAACUUCUUUGCUAAACCGGUUCACGAGAAGAAUUCGGUUAAAUCGGCUAACCAGCCUAAUUUCGGGUAUGGGUUUAGAGACAUUGGUCUCAGUGGUGACUCUGGUGAGAUCGAGUACUUGCUGUUUCACACUAACGAUUCUGCUUUUCUCUCUCAGUUCUCCUUCAGCUCGGCAGUGAAUUGUUACAUAGAAGCAGUUAAGCAGUUGGCUCGUGAGAUCUUAGAUCUGAUGGCUGAAGAACUUCGGGUCCCACCUUACACAUUCAGUAAAUUAAUAUCCACCGUUGAUAGUGAUUCUCUUGUGAGAGUGAAUCAUUAUACACCGUCCGAUGAGUUUUUAGGUGGGACUACUAGAGUGUCUGAUAAAUCUGAGUCACUGAUGAGAGUUGGCUUUGGAGAACACACCGACCCUCAGAUCUUAACAGUUCUAAGAUCUAACGGUGUAGGAGGAUUACAAGUGUCGAACUCAGAUGGCUUGUGGGUCCCUGUCUUUUCUGACCCUUCAGCUUUCUGCGUCAAUGUAGGAGACUUGUUACAGGUGAUGACAAACGGGAGAUUUAUAAGCGUAAAGCAUAGAGUGAUGGCUUCCGGCAAAGAAAGCCGGCUCUCGACGGCGUAUUUCGCCGCACCGCCGCUUCAAGCAAAGAUUGGACCUAUUCCGCCGAUGAUUAAGACGGUGAAUCAGCCACGAGUAUAUCAAACCUUUACUUGGAGCGAAUACAAGAAGUUUGUGUACUCGCAUCGUCUUGAAGAUAGCCGUUUAGACAUGUUCCGUACAUGUAAGGACGAGGAUGAUGAGAUAGUUUAUUAG